AUGGCUGGCCACAGUCAAACCAUAUUGUCCCAUCCUGAGCCGCCAGAUUGUCUCCACCAUGAAGACUAUACCGUUGCGAUUCUUUGUCCUAUGGGAGACGAAUUGAGCCCGGUUCUCGCACUGCUCGACGAAGUGCACGACAACCUCAGUACCAGCCGCGACCAGAAUGCGUACAAGCUUGGGAAGAUGGGCCACCAUAACGUAGUUGUUGCCGGCAUGCCAGAGAUUGGCAAUAAUGCAGCUGCCAUGGUGGUCACACAGCUCUUGAAUGAUUUCAGUCGAAUACGCUUCGGGCUACUAGUUGGAAUUGGUGGUGGAAUCCCUGACGAGGACUACGAGGACGAUGAUCUGAAUGACAUACGACUAGGCGAUGUCGUCGUCAGCCAUUCUCACGGGGCUCGCGGAGGAGUCAUACAAUUUGAUCGCGGAAAGAGCACAACGGAGGGCUUUGUGGUGACAGGAUAUCAGAGCAAGCCACCACAUGUGCUAGCCGCGAAUGUGGAAAUUUUGAAGGCUACCCACAAUCUCCAUGGCCACAGUAUUUUACGGUAUCUCGAUGAUAUGCUGGAAAAAUACCCUGGAAUGAAAGAGAAAUACAGCACCCCAGGAACAGAGCGUGACUGUCUUUUCGAAGCAUCCUAUACGCAUGGAAACAGCAAAACUUGCAAGAAAUGCGACAUCUCCCGAUCGAUCCAACGCGAGCCACGGACAACAGGAAGCCCUCGAGUCCAUUACGGAACAAUUGGAUCGUCAAACACAGUGAUAAAAGAUGCCCACAAACGGGAUGAGCUACGAGAUAUGGGGAUACUCUGUGUGGAAAUGGAAGCGGCAGGGCUCAUGGAGGCAUUCCCUUGCCUGGUUAUUCGGGGUAUCAGCGAUUAUGCCGAUUCUCACAAGAACAAGAAGUGGCAACCAUAUGCCGCUGCCACGGCGGCUGCGUAUUUGAAAGAACUGUUGUUACAGAUACCAGUCGGCGAGGUGCAGCGCACACAGUCCGUGACCGAUGCGCUCGAAGGCUUAUCCAUGAAGGUUGAUCAGGUGGAUCAAAGAACGAGGAGAGUUCAGGAGCAAGUUCAAACAGGCGCAGCCGAAAUGAAAAUUCUUGACUGGCUCUCGUCGAAAGAUGUCAACUUCUCCAGUCUGCAGAAUGAAUCUCAGCAGGCCCACACUGCUGGCACUGGUCAGUGGCUGCUUGAUCAUAGAGAUUAUCAAAAUUGGCGAAACCACGAGCCUGGUCUCUUAUGGCUCCACGGUGUUGCGGGCUGUGGAAAGACGAUCCUAUGCUCAACUAUCAUACGAGAUCUUCAAGAGAACUUUCCACACUUGGCCUACUGGUAUUUCCGAUUCGAUAAUCAAAUUCUGCAGGAUGUUUCGCAAAUGCUACGGUCGACCAUUCGGCAACUCAGCGUAUCUCCUCUACCUGAUGAGAUUCGAUCACUUUACGAUCGACAUGGCCAACGCGGAAGUGAGCCAUCUGUGGAGGAGCUUGUCGCAGCUCUCAACGCUGCAAUCGAGUCCCUUACGCAAGAUGUCUACCUCGUCUUCGAUGCACUCGACGAGUGUCCCCACCAGGAUAAGAAAGGCCAGAGGGACCAAUUACUGAGCUGCGUCAAGAACCUCAUGAUGACACAUUCUAAUCUACAUCUCCUCGUCACAAGCAGACCAGAGCCGGAUAUUGAGAUUCACCUUCGUCCUGUUGCAAGUUGCGAUUUCGAUAUCGAGCUACCUAUUAGGAGCGACGUGGAAAGAUUUGUGAAGGUCGCACUUGAGGACCCUCGUCUAGCUUCUUGGACAGAAGAAGUAAGAGACCAGAUCAUAGCAAAGCUCCUAGAGUACGAAGAAAGGAGAUUCCGAUGGGCUGAUCUACAGAUUAAGCGUUUUGCCCAAUGCCCCACCAUUGAGCAGCUCAAGGUGGCCAUGGACAGUGUUCCAAAGGAUCUCGAAGCAGCAUAUCGGCAAGCAUUCGAUGCAAUUGAUGACGAGAACACUGCUCAUGUCACGAAGAUAAUGAUGUGGCUUGCUGUGUCGUUGGAACCGCUUGCCGCCGAACAGAUUGCAGCCGUCGUGGGUUUUCGGGACCCAGACUUUGUGCUUCAGAUUUGCUCGACACUUCUCGUCACCAUUAUUGAUGAAGAUACAACCCGGAUCAUCAAAUUGGCACAUUUCUCGGUCAAGGAAUUUCUCGUCCUCAAGCUAUACGAGAAUAGCACGCAGUGGUACCGGUUCACCAUGGAAUAUGCCAAUAAAAGCAUUGCCCUCUUUGCCCUUCAGGGACUUCUAUAUCCACAACAUCAGCUGAAGAAUAUUCUUCCAUACGCCGCCCAAUAUUGGCCACGGCAUGCAAUAGAGGGAAUAAAGGCCGACGACCAACUCGAGCUUGAAGAGCAAAUUUGUUUGCUUUUUAGUGAGAAGUUUCGGAAACAGUUCCUUGGAUGGUUGAAGAUGCACGAUCCGGACAACGUCAAUGGCUAUCUAGGUCAUCGAAUAGCAGAACCACUAUACUACGCCUCGCUUCUUGGGUUCCAAACCGUCGUGAGCAAUAUAUGGGUUGGUAUCUCGCAAUUAUCGAAAAGUGAGGGAAGAUAUGGCAAUGCCUUGAACGCGGCGGCAAUAAAUGGAAACGUGGCUGUCGUUCGAUGGAUGCUUCAGAGCUGCAGAAUCUCAGCAAGAUUUCUCGACCUUGUUCGAGUUGCGGGUGAAAUCAAUGCGAACGUGACGGAUUGCGUCAUUGAGAUAUGCAAUGGGGCUGAAGAUCUCAUAAUCACAGAAGGAGUUAUCCUGGCAGCAGCAGAGAAUGAGAGCAGCGGCCAGCAGGUAAUGAAGGUGCUUCUAGAGAAGAGAAGCAAUGAAGUACAGAUUACUGAAGAAAUCGUCAGAGCUGCUGCGGGCAAUUGGGACAGCGGCCAGCAACUGAUGGACCUAUUGUUGACCCAAAGGAGAGAUGAGGUGCCCAUAACGGAAAAUGUGGUGAAGACAGCCUUUUCAAAUCAGUACAGUGGCCGGCAGGUACUGAAAGUCAUCUUGGAGCAUACGAACAGCGAUCCUCAGAUCAUCGAGAUUGUGAUCAGAGCCGCUAUAGCCAAUGGGGAAAAUGGGCAACAAGUGAUGGAGCUGUUGUUGGAAGAGGGGCGGAAUGGAAACGAAUCCCGAUUCACACAAGACGCAAUCAGUCUGAUCACGGGAAACUUCGACGCUCCCGCUGUCCAAAAUCUUUUGGAAAAGAGAAAAGAUACGAUUCAUAUUACAGAAAUGGCCAUCAUAGCUGCAGCGGGAAGUUACUACUAUGGCCCUCAGGUGAUGAACGCGCUUUUGGGCGCGACACGAGACGAGGUGGAUAUUACUGAGGGAGUCAUCAUGGCCGUUGUGGGAAACAGGAGGAGUGGGCAGGAGGUGUUGGAAGUACUGCUAAAGAAGACAGCGCCCAAGUCCUACAUCACGAAUUCUGUGAUAAGCCUUGUCGCAAAAUGUUUUGACGCUCACGCAGUGGAGCUGCUUCUAGAAAAGAUUCCGGACGACAUACAAUUGACAGAAGAAGUACUCAAGGGUGCUGCAAGUAAUGGGAGAGAUGGCCAACAAGUACUGGAAGUGCUUCUGGGCAAAAGUGGAAACCAGAUUCAUCACAUCACAGAACAAGUGGUUAGAACUGCUGCGAGGAAUUUCCACAGUGGGCAACAAGUGAUGGAGCUCAUUUUGUCAAAAAGGGCAGACGGAGUACGAAUAACCGACCAGGUAUUCAUGCUUGUCGCUUGUCAUUGGAAGGAAGAAAGCUUGAUGAAACUUCUCUCAGAGAGCAUCGAAUACGAUGCCAUAAAGGAAAGACUGGCAAGUGCUACAAACUUCGGGAAUAUGGCAGCCGUCGAGGCGCUUCGCAAGAGGCGUCGACAUCUGAUUAACACGCUUUACCUUGCUAUAUCUCGCGGAGAUAUAGACACGGCCGAGCGAUUACUCAAGGAUGGUGUCAGCCCAAAAACCAAUGGUCCGGAUGGAUGGACACUCUUGAUGCAUGCAUCACGCUAUGGAACUACCGACAUAGCCGAGCUACUUCUUACGCAUGGCGCUGACUUGACGAAAAAGCACGAGGAUGGGAGAACAGCGCUCAGCAUAGCUUCCAGUCAUGGACGCCUGAAAAUCGUCGACAUGCUGCUACGAAAGGGUGCCGAUCAUACAGCAAAGGACGAAAGGGGAUAUACACCCUUGAUGUAUGCCUCAAAAGAGGGAUAUGUUGACAUAGCCGAGCUGCUUCUUGACCAUGGAGCUGACCAUACUGCGACAGAUGAAAAAGGACAAAGAGCACUUGACAAGGCUGCACACUAUGGAAACUUGGAAAUUGCCAAUUUGCUGCUUCGAAGAGGUGCUGACCCCCAAGCAUCCAACCUGAAUGGGAGAACAGCUCUUAUGGUGGCAUCAGCUAAAGGAUACUCAGAUAUUGUCGAGCUGCUCCUUGAAAACGGUGCCGACCUGAAUAUCGCAGAUCAACACGGAGAUACAGCACUCAUCUGGGCUUCCUUCAAGGGGCAUAUGGAAGUGGCUAAUCUGCUUAUCGAACGCGGUGCCAACCUGAAUAUUGCAAAUCAAUACGGAUAUACAGCACUUUAUGCCGCUUCCUUAAAUGGGCAUAUGGAAGUGUCUAAUCUACUCAUCGAACGCGGUGCCGACCUGAAUAUUGCAAAUCAAUACGGACAUACAGCACUUCAUACAGCUUCCUUGAAUGGGCAUGUGGAAGUGGCUAAUCUGCUUAUCGAACGCGGUGCCAACCUGAAUAUUGCAAAUCAAUACGGAUAUACAGCACUUUAUGCCGCUUCCUUAAAUGGGCAUAUGGAAGUGUCUAAUCUACUUAUCGAACGCGGUGCCGACCUAUCAAUUGUGAAUAAUGACGGAGAUACAGCUCUACAUUUUGCCUCAUGUAAGGCAAAUGCAAAGAUUAUCGAGCUGCUCCUGAAAAGUGGCGCAGACUCUACAAUCAGGGAUGGAACUGGGUCUUCAGCUUUCCAUUUGGCUUGCUUGUAUGGACACACUGAAGCGGUCAACACUUUUAUCGAACAUGGUGUCGAUAUUAGAAUCACAGACGAGCGUGGGUGUCCACCACUUCAUCUGGCCAUGUGGAAAGGUCAUACCAACGUAGCCGAGGUUCUCCUAUCAAUGGAUUCAUGCAACCCACAUUUACGCGAAGCAUGUGGCUUCACUGCCUUUGAUACGGCCGCCCAGAAGGGAGACACAGACAUGAUUGAUCUGCUCGCUGGAAAGAACCCAGAACCUCCACCCGGCUCAAAUGAUGUGGAAGGUGCACACAAAGUUAGCAGAGCUAUCGAGAAGUUCAAGGGCUUUUGGUCAAGGUCAUGA